AUGACGACGAAAACUGGGUUUGUGGGCACCACCGGGACGGUCGCCAUAGUCAAUGGGACCGAUUUGCAUGUGGCCUAUGUCGGAGACAGUCCGGCGUAUCUAUAUCAUACUAAUGGUGAGUUUGACCCACUGAUCAUCCCUCACAAUCCGAUGAAUCCGGUGGAGAAGGCGCGUGUGAAGGAGGUCGGCGGCAGUAUUGUCACUUU